AUGAAGGGUGAGAUUGAAGUUAGAGAGGUUUCGAAUGAGUCGCUGGUUGCGUUCAGCACAUCAGUACCGAACGCGACAGGUAAAUUCGGUGGGAUGCCACCGAAACGUUGCACCAUUUUCGAUAGGGUUCGACCGGUCAGCAACGUAAUAUUCGGUGGAGAUCCACCGUCAGAUGGAACUAACUUAUUGCCGACCACAAAUUUAAUCCAAGCUAUUUUGAUCUUACUUCCAUUGAAGGAACAAAAACAAGGUGACGCCCCUACUGAAGGCAACAAUGUGGGAAUAGAAUGUGUAAUGGACUAUAGUGAUCAAUUCACAACUUAUUCGAUAUUCAAUAAUAGAGAUGCAUUACUUCGAUGGGCUCGUGAACAAGGAAAAUUGAAUAAUAUUGUCAUUGUAAUUAAAAGGUCUAAUUAUGGAGGUGAUGGCAAGAGGAGACCUCGUGUAAUACUUGCUUGUGAGAGGAACGGUAACUAUAAGUCUUGCAAGUAUAGUGAGACAACUGAUAUAAGGUCGGAUGCAAAUAGUGAUAUGAAAAAAUGUGCUAGGGACACUGGUACCAAGAAAUGUGGAUGCCCAUUCUUGUUAAAAGGUGUCAAUAUUGGUGAUGGGGAUGAUUGGAAGUUGGAGGUGGUUUGUGGAGUACACAACCAUCCUAUUUCAGAGUAUCUUCAAGGUCAUUCAUUUGUGAGGCAACUUACUGAAGAGGAGAAUGCCUUGUUGGUGGACAUAUCUAAGAGUUUGGUAAAACCCAGAGAUAUUUUGGUCACCAUUAAAGAUAGAGAUGCAAUGAAUGUUUCAACUAUGAAGACAAUAUACAAUGCUAGGAUCCGAAAUAUAACCAAAGAAUUUGCUGGGAGAACCCAAAUGAAACAAUUGCUUAUUAAGUUAUCCGAACACAAUUAUAUUGAGUGGCAUAGGACAUCUGGUGAUAUUGUAACUGACCUGUUUUGGACACACCCCACUAAUAUUGAUAUUGUGCGUGCAUUUCCACAUGGUUUGCUGGAGGCGAUGGCAAAGGGCUUCUUCGAUGGUUCUGCGAUGGAGGUUGGUGUAAAUGGGAUGGGGUGUGCGAUGGGGUGUGUCUGCAAGAGGAGAGAAUUUUUGGUGGGGUGGGGCUGGAUAUCAGAUAGGGUGGGGUUUGAUUUCAGAUGGGGUGUGGCUGAAAGGGAAGGGGGUUUUCGGUGGGUGGUUAGGGAAUGGGGUUUAUGA